AAUUUUAUGCUGCUGUAGACAAUGAUAUAAUCACAAUAUAGCAAAAUUUUGUGUAACAUUCAGAACAUGUAGUUGUCGUUUUUAUUCACCUAUCUAUACAUUGAAAUGGGCUGCGUGUGUUGCUCCUUGAGUUCUUUUAUAUCCAUCGUAUUAGACGCACUAGAGAGGGUAUCACUAUGUACGGUCUGUGCAAUGCUCACAUGCUGCCUCAUGCUUACAAUAAUAACGGUACUGGUCAUUGGAAUAGGUAUCGGAUUUCACUAUUGUUUCGUACAAAAUUCGGUCGAGACUAUGGAAAAAGCUGCACAAGCGGCUGGUGCUAUGAGAUCAGGGGCGCCUAAGCCCAGUAACCACGUCAUGCGUUCGGUUGAUAAGGCAGUGAAACGUGGAUUCGCGCAUCGAAUGGCGAGAAGGGAAGCAAAUCCUCCCCCUUUAUAUAAUGACAUUAGUAAUUCUUCAUCUUAUGUAAAAACUAAUUCAACAAGUACAAAUCAAACUGUUUCUAUGAUGUAAAUUUUUAAGUGUUUGUCAGUUGGGUGUAAGCAAUUGUAAACCGUUACGUUUCAAAAUAAAACUAAGCA